AUGGGUUUUGUGAUGGAGUGGAUUAGUUUGGUUGUACAUUGCAUUUCUUCGGUUUCCUACACUAUUAGCGUUAAUGGUUCUUCGAGUGAAAGGUUUUUCCCUCAGAGAGGAUUACGUCAAGGUGAUCCUUUAAGUCCCUACCUUUUCUUAAUUUGUACCGAGGGUUUUUUUGCCUUACUCGACUCUGCUGUUCAAAUGGGUAAUUUAAGAGGGGUAAAAGUUUGUAGAGGAAGUCUUGCUGUCACUCAUUUAUUUUUUGCCAAUGAUAGCAUUGUCUUUGGUGAAGCUAACGAGAAAGGAGGACGUGUUUUGUUGGAUAUUUUGAGACAUUAUGAAUCUGCUUCGGGGCAGAAGAUAAAUCUUGAUAAGUCACAAUGGGUAGGGGGACAAAUUCAAGCUACUUCUGCAAACAGUGGAAUGGAUAAAGUGUCAGAGCUUAUUGAUCAAUCAACUAAGACCUGGAAAUUGGAUUUGAUAAGCAGUCGAUUUACCCCACUGGAAGUUAAAACAAUUUGUUGCAUACCUCUUUUAGUUUACACGUCUGGAGACAAGUUGGUGUGGUUCGCUGACAAUUCUGAUAUGUAUACGGUUCGUAGUGGGUAUCGUUGCCUUAUUAAUUUACAUAUUAAUGACUCUAUGGAUACGGAUUAUACUGAUUUUUAUAAGAAGAUUUGGGGCUUAAACCUUUCUCCAAAAAUCAGAAUAGCCAUUUGGCGUUUUACAAAGGAGUUUAUCCCUACUACAGUUAAUCUUUUUAAUAGACGAAUAAAUCAAUCCCCAAUUUGCUUUAGUUGUGGAGAGGUCCCUAAGAAUUUCAUGCAUACUCUCCUGAUUUGUGGCCUUGCAAAAAAUGUCUGGCAAUCAAUUGGUGUUGACUGGUCAAAUGUUAAUGUAAAUAUGGAUUUCUAUACCUGGCUUAAGUUGGUCUUUCAAAAUAGCAGGCAUGAUUUCAGUGAGAUUGCUGCUACCGCGGCCUGGGCACUCUGUAUUAUAAAGGAGAUGAGAGAGUUGAAUGAUAAAAUACCUGCUCGGGAGAUUACUAUGAACCCUAUAUGGAAACCCCCUCAAGAACCUUCUGUUAAGGUAAAUUUUGAUACGGCUUUCAAAAUUACCUCCCGUUAUUCUUUUUCUGGUUUUAUUAUCAGAAAAAAUAGAGGUUUGGUUAUGGGAAGCGAAACUAUUUUCAAUAAAUUUGUCUCCAACUCUUUUACAGCAGAAGCUAUAGCUUGUCUUCAAGCUUUGGACUUUGCAAGGGAAAUGAAUUUUACUCAUGUUCAAAUGGAAGGCAACUCUAGGACUACGAUUGUCAAAAUUAAACAAGUACUACCAGAUUUUUCAGAUAUGGGUACCAACAUUGAAGAAAUAAAGAUUAAGGCGAGUUCUUUUCAACGUAUCUCUUUUCACCAUGUUGAUCAAUGA